AUGUUAAAUUUUGCCUCUAUGAAUGAAGAAUUUAAUGAUACUAUCGAUAGAUUAGAUACGUUACUAAAUACAGAAGCUAUUUUAUUGGAAAAAUUAUUAAAUUUUAUUAAAUAUUGGCAACAACAAAAAAGAUUUGUCGAUUUCAGACAUCACAUUGAAGAACGAAUCAACAAAGUUCACAAAAAGUACAACAAAAUUGAAAAGUACUUUAUGAAUGUUAAAAAAAUGCGAUUAUCAUUAAAGGAAUUUUUGAUUACAUGGAAUAAUAUUAAUAGUGAAAUUAAGGAGAAAAUUAAUUCGGACAUAGAGGAUGAUGAGGCAAUCUUGUUGGAAAAAUAUGAAAUGCUCUGCAAUGGAAAGAUUUUUUUAGAUGCAAAAAUAGAGAAAGAACUCAAAUGUCGAUACAUCGAUCGCAAUAUUCCUUUUCUACGACUAGCGCCAUUUAAAGAAGAAGAAGCCUAUCUUAAUCCCAGAAUUGUGAUAUAUCAUGACAUUAUUUAUAACGAGGAAAUAGAAACUCUUAAAACCUUAGCAAAAUCUCAGCUUUAUGAAGCUACAGUGGAUUCAGUUGAUAAUAAUGAAAAAAAUGGUAAUUAUACUGAAAAAAAUUUAAAUGUAAGAAUUGCCAAAUUCGCAUGGAUAGAAGAUUCUGAACACAAAUACGUAAGCUCUUUAAGUCAGCGAGUUGAACUUGUUACUAAUUUGUCGAUCGAGUCAGCGGAACCUCUUCAAGUUUCUUACUAUAAAAUUGGAGGUCUUUUUCAUCCUCACAUUGACUUUGAUAAUUUGGAUACUGAAAAUGCUUUUAAAAAGCGUUCAACAGGAAAUCGAAUCGCUACAUUUAUGUUUUACUUGAAUGACGUCGUUGAAGGAGGUAUGACUGUUUUCAAUGAAAUUAAUCUAUCCGUGAAGCCAAAAAAGGGAAGUGCUGUUUUCUGGUACAAUCUUAAAACAAAUGGAGAAGGAGAUUUUUUAACAGUUCACGCAGGAUGUCCAGUUAUUUCUGGAUCAAAGUGGGUGGCUAAUAAGUGGUUGCAUCAACUUGGACAAGAAUUUCGAGUGCCUUGCACAAUCAAAGACAGUACACUUCUUGAUUAA